AUGGGCGGCGCGUCGUGGAAGCUGAAGAAAGCCGCCAAGAAAAUAUUUGGCCUUCGGACAUGUGCCUCUUUGUGCAACACACAAGCUCUUGUUGUCCACAAAUCCCCUGUAUCUUGUUCCAUAAAUUCUUGCGAGAACACUAAAGUCUCAUCAGAAAAUCCAGCGCAAGGCAUUUCUAGUAGCAGCCCUUGUUCAAAUAAGAACCUAUGCACGAUAUGCCUCGACCCAUUAACCGGAGGUCGGGCUAUAUUCACGGCCCAAUGCACGCACGCCUUCCAUUUCUCGUGCAUCACGUCCAACAUCAGCCACGGCAGCCUGACCUGCCCCAUUUGCCGGGCCCAUUGGACCCAACUGCCCAAGACCCCACGAACCCACUGCCCGGUCCACAACACCGCUGCCCGUGAAAUCGGGCCUUUCCGGCGAAUCCGCUGCCCGGUCGAAACGGGCCCCACCACCGCCUCCCGAGCCCGACUCUCUUUCUCUCUCCUCAACCACCCGAGCACCGGGUUUUGCUACCUCCGAGUAAAGUUGGAUCAUCGACCGCCAAUCGACUUGGUAUUGGUCGUCGACGACUCCACGGUUGAACCGCGCCAUCUGAGCCUCGUGAAGCGUGCCAUGGCCUUGGUGGUCUCGUCUCUGGGCCCCACCGACCGCCUGGCGAUAGCCGCACGCUCGGGAGUUUCCGCACUGAGGAGCAUGACGCCGUGCGGAAAACGAAUUGCGCUGAGAAUCGUCGAUCGUCUGUCGUGCGCGGGCGGGCCCGCGGACGAGAGGCUCGCCGAGGAGGUGCUCGAGGGCCGUUAUCGCAAGAAUCCUCAGACGUGCGUCGUUCGCCUGACGUGGGGCCCGCAUGGACCUCACGAGGGGCUCGUUUCGGAAGAUUCGUCUGUUGUCGUGCGACGGUUAGGGUUUGGACUCGGGGGUUGUGGCGGGUCGUCGGCGGAGGUUUUGAACGAGUUCGAAGGGUUUCUGGCGAGGACGAUCGGUGGUCUGGCGGAGGAUAUUCGACUGAGGAUUGGGAAUCGUGGGGUGAUUGUGAGAAUAGGAGAGAUGAGGGGUGGGGAGGAGAGGAAUAUUCCGGUGUGUCUCGACAAGUGUGGACGAAUGCGCGUGGAGUAUAGUUACAGUGAGGGCUCGUCGUGCGUUAAGACGGGGGAUGUUGUUGGGAUUGAAGGAGAUAAAUGGUAUGUAGAUUGUGAUGGUGUUGUGGUGGAUAGAAGCUCAAGAAACUAUGGAAAUUGGGGUUUUGAUGAUAAUGAUGAUGGUGAUGAAUUUACACCAAGGAGAUUGUCUAGGCAUUUGCAUGGGAUGUGGCCAUGA